AUGGAUCAUGGCGCGCCGCGAGAGAUUGACACCAUCAUCGUCGGAAACGGCCCGUCUGCGUUGAUUCUGUCAUACAUCCUCCAUGGCCACAUCCCCUACUACGACCAAUCCAACCCGCAUCCCGAUCCCGUCCUCCACGAAAGGUUACUUCGAUCCAGCCAUGACCUCCUCGACAUCGACAUAGACUUCCUGACCGAGCCAUUUUCUGCCUCGAGAUUCUCCUACUCCACUCAAGCUCUGCCCGUGAACGUCCUCCUCGAUACCUUGGUCAGGCCCCUGGGAGAGACAGAUGACGGGCAAAAGAAAACAUGUGUCAAGUGGCGAUAUGAGCCUUCACGAGCGGUCGCUCAUGUGGUUCUCGGACAAACUAAACAGGCUGGCGGCCAGUGGGUGGACAAUCCGGUCCAAGCCAGUUGGGACAUUGGAACGUUGAGCUAUGCUGGCAUGUUGUCGCUCCCAGGGUACGGUUUCGACGAGCACUAUCAGAGGCGACAUGGGCGACCUUUGCCGGUAUUUCUCAGGCCUUCCAGACGUGCCGUGGCCGACUAUCUUGCAGCAUAUCCCGAUCGGGUGGGUAUCUCCGACUCUAUCCACAACGGAGAGCAGGUAGGGGGAGUGGCUCGGCAUGGCGAUGGCUUCUUCGUUGCUUCGCACAACAUGCAUUGCAGGCAUCUUGUUCUGGCGUCUGGGAUUUUCAGCGAGCUCAUCGCACCACGGCCUUUACUACGUCCACUGGUCAAUCUAAAGGAUACCCAGAGUGCACCAACUCGGUUCCCUGUUCUUGUCAUUGGCUCCGGGUUUAGUGCCGCAGAUGUGAUCAUCUCAAGUCCGUCCGACCAGAAAAUCAUUCAUAUUUACAAAUGGGCACCGUCGACUUCGCCCUCACCACUCCGAGGGUGUCAUCAGCAUGCCUAUCCGGAGUACGCAGGAGUGUAUCGUCGUAUGAAGCUUGCGGCUCUAUCAUCAUCCCAGUCGGAGAACAAGCGGCUCAGACCUGGUCGCAAGGCAUCCGAGUUUGAUUCGAGCCGUCACUGGCAAUCUACGUACGAGGGACUGCCUAACACCGAGGUCAAAGACGUACAAAUUGCAGACGAUGUGCUCUCCGCGACGAUCACCUUACAACGUGCAGGAACAUCCGAGCCAGCGUUUCAACGUCGAGUGAGCGGUCUGGCUUACGUGGUAGGGCGUCGUGGUUCGUUGAAGUACCUAUCGCCAGCUCUGCUCGGAGAAAUCCUCCCUGGAUUUGCCGAUACAGCGGGCGAUAAAGAUGGCCCCAUGAUAUCAGGUCAAACACUGCGCGAAAGAGCCAACGAGAACCUCGAACUGGCACCGCACGUCUUCAUCACCGGCAGCCUGACGGGUGACUCGCUGAUACGCUUCGCUUACGGUGGGUGUGCAUAUGCAGCCGGGAAGAUCAUGCAGGCUUCGGCCCAGGUCACAAAUGGCACAGCCAAUGUAGAAAACCAAAAGAGCAAUGGCGUGCUCAGGGCUUGCUUGAGCCGUUAUCAGACCCCUGUGUCUUCGCCAAAGAUACCAGCUAUGAACGGCUUGGAUGGUCAUGAGGCUAGUCCGGUGAGCCUGGCGCACAAAGAAGAUUUGCCGCUGGACAGACGAAAAUAA